AUGGAGGCCCAAGGGAGUGAUCUGAGCCGAAACAACUUGACGUCCCUCGAGGCGGCGGCGUUUAGCGACUUCGUGGGACUCAAGGAGCUACGGCUCGAACACAACGGCUUAGAAUGGCUUCUUCCUGCUACGUUCCUGGGAGUCGAGGGAAUCACCUUCUUGUCACUGGAGGGCAACAAUUUCACGAAGAUUCCCUGGGAGGCGCUGCGUCAAUUGACUUCCCUCGAAACGCUGCACCUGAACAAGAACAGACUGACCCACGUGACGGGUGUCACAAAGCCGCUGUUCCACGCCAAGCUGCGCAAGGUCUGGCUCGACAGCAACCUCUUGGUCGACGUGCCCACGGAGUGCAUCGAGUCGCUACACGGACUCGAGGCCCUUGGACUAGGCGAAAACAAAAUUCGGAGCUUGGGACCAUCGGCAUUCGGAAACUCAUCACGUCUGGAGGUUUUAAUUCUCCGAAAGAAUUUGAUUGGCAUCGUGGACAAAGAAGCAUUUCACGGACUCCGGUCUUUGCAGGCCAUCGACCUGAGUCACAACCGGCUGACGCGACUGCCCGGAGCCCUGGCUUCCUUGCCGCUGCUGAGGGAACUGAUAAUUUCGGACAAUCAGAUUCGUUUUCUGUCAGAAGACUCGUUCCGGGGCAACUCUGCCCUCACGCUGCUCGAGCUGGCCAACAAUCCUCUGGAAUCCUUCGACAGGAAGACCUUCUCGGGCCUGCCCAACCUGAAGAGACUGCUGGUCAAGGAAGCCCGGGACCUAUCCCACUUUCCGGACCUGAACGGCACACACUCCCUGGAGCAGAUUCGGCUGAGCAGAGCACACCUGAGCUCAGUGCCCGCCGAUCUCUGUCGAACGGUGCCCAAGCUCAAGAUACUCUACCUCAUGUCCAAUCACCUCACGGCAGUUCCGGUCCUGACCAACUGUUCGGAGCUUCUCAUCCUCGAUCUAACGUACAACCGGAUUCAGUCCCUAGAAGAUUCUCCUUUCAAAACACUUAAGAAGCUCAGAGACCUCAACCUGGGCAACAACGUUAUACGCCAGGUCGCGGACAACUCUUUCUACGGCCUGUCGUCUCUGCAAGUGCUGGCACUGCAGAAGAACGGCAUAACAGAGAUACAUUCGGACGCUUUUUUGCCUACUGUGAAGCUGCAGGACCUAAACCUGGCGGAUAACGCGUUCUCUGUGAUGCCCUACCGAGGACUCCGAGGACUUCACCGACUGGUGACGUCCGGAAACCGUUACCUUCGCAACUUCCCUCCUCCGGAGGCCUUCCCGCGAAUCCAGAGGCUGUACCUGUCGUACUCGUACCACUGCUGUUCGUAUCUGCCGAGCGAAGAAGGUGCUGACGUCACCCCGGUGGUGAAGGACGCCGUGCUGUGGCUCAAGCGAGAGGAAGUGGACAUGGACAAGUGGACCAGUCUUAGCAACGCCUCCGGUCUUGACGUCUUUCCCGACAACAUUUCGUCCAAGUUUCAAGAGUUCACGCAUCAGCUGAUCAAAGUGUUCGGCCAGGACUACAUCAUUCCAGACAACCUGGCGCAGUACUACGGAGAAUACCUCGAAGAUUACAAGGCACUCUACACGAGCGACGAUGAAAUGCAGUACCCCGUGCAGUGCAUUCCACAACCAACGCCGUUCAUGCCUUGUGAGGACCUGUUCGGCUGGUGGACCCUCCGGUGCGGCGUGUGGGUUGUGUUCCUCCUGGCCAUGCUGGGCAACGGCCUGGUGGUGGUCGUCCUGUCCCUCGGCCGGUCCAAGAUGGACGUCCCUCGCUUCCUGGUCUGCAACCUGGCGCUUGCCGACUUCUUCAUGGGCGUCUACUUGGGCUUCCUGGCCGUCGUGGACGCGUCGACACUCGGUGAAUUUCGGGUCUAUGGCAUCGGCUGGCAGAUGUCCGCAGGCUGCCAGACUGCGGGUUUUCUCGGCGUCCUCAGCUCCGAACUGUCUGUGUACACGCUGUCGGUGAUCACAAUGGAGCGCAACUACGCCAUCACCCACGCCAUGCACCUCAACAAGCGGCUGUCCCUCAAGCACGCCGGCUACAUCAUGAGCUGCGGCUGGCUCUUCGCGCUCGUCAUGGCUGUGUUGCCGCUGGUUGGCGUGAGCGACUACCGCAAGUUCGCCGUGUGCCUUCCCUUCGAAACGGAAGACUCGCUGGCGUCCCUCGCCUACGUCGUGUCCCUGAUCCUUGUGAACGGUGUCGCCUUCCUCAUCCUCAUGGGCUGCUACUUGAAGAUGUAUUGCGCCAUCCGCGGUUCACACGCUUGGAACUCGAACGACUCGCGCAUCGCCAAGCGCAUGGCGCUCCUGGUGUUCACUGACUUCCUGUGCUGGGCACCGAUCGCCUUCUUCUCGCUCACGGCCGUGGCCGGACUCCAGCUGGUGUCGCUGGAAGAGGCCAAGGUCUUCACCAUCUUCGUACUGCCACUCAACAGCUGCGCCAAUCCGUUCCUCUACGCCAUCUUCACCAAGCAGUUCAAGCGAGACUGCGUCCUCAUCUGCAAACGCAUCGAGGAGUCCCGCGUGACCCGGGGCAUCGGCCGCUGCCGCCACAGCUCCAACUUCUCGAACCGGCACACGCUGCUGGGCACCAACUCUGCGGGCGAGAGGCUCACCGACCAGCAGGCGCCGGGGCCCCCGUGCCAGUGUGGCCUGGCCAAGAGCACGGCCCGCGCGCCGAGCGGUUGGAAGGCGCUCGCCUUGCGCUACCUCCUCUGUCGCGAUCCGGACAGCAUGCAGGUGGACGCCGACGCCUACAACUACGCCCUGGCGCGCAUCCAGCGCACCAUGGAGCGUGGCGGUCAGCGGGCCUCGAGCAUCUCCAGCGAGAACUUCUCCUCGCGUUCCGACAGCUGGCGCCAGGGCAGCAUCCCACUGCGCCUGCUGGGCAGGGGCAGCUCGUGGGCCGUGGUGGGACGCAAGGCUUCCCAGGACUCGAGUCUGUCCUGCAGCAGGCAGGACUCGUCCACCUCCACCGUGCGCAUGUCGCGAUCGUCCGUCAGUAGCGACGGGAACGCGCGGCCCCCCGCGAGGGCUGGCGCGGAGUCCGGACGGCUUCUGAGGGCCUCGAGUCGCGACAAGCCGCAGCUCUGUCGGCAGCUGGCCGUCGACGACUCGGCGAGGAGUGGACCGCCGCCGCGCUCGCCGCCUUACGCGCGACGGAGGAACGACAACUUGUGUCCCGCUUGCUGCCGGAAGGAGCCGCCUGUGGCGUUCAAGAGCAAGGAGUUCGAGGAGAAGUUCAACUGCUUCUACAACCGCCUGGCCGAGACGAGCCACGAGGACAGCAGCGAGCUAUCCAAGGAAGAGCACGCGGUGCUUUCAACGGACCAGUCGGACCAUCGUAAUUCCGUCAAGGACGACACCACCAACACCUCCCUGCAGAGCGAAAGCGGCCCCAGCGGCACUCAGCCAGGCACUUCAAAGGGCGAACCUCUUCAGUUGACUCCCGUCACCGAGGAGCCGAGGAAGAAGAAGCGCUCGCACGCCAAGAAGAUGCACAUCAGCGUGGACGACAUCAGCACCAACCGCAAGAUCGCUGCUGGGUGCUACCAAUCAGGCCGCAAGGUUGUCUCGGACAACUCAUUGAAGAAGUUGUCCUUACGGAACCUGCCCCUCUUCCUGCGCUCUCUCUCUAGUCAGAGUCCUAAGGGUCGCUCCGAAGCCAAGGAGCGCAGACUCAAAGUGAGUAGUCAAGGUCACUUGAGGCCGCGCUCCUCCGAGAGCUUGCCAUGUUCCAAGAGCGACACAAGGAUACACCGACAGGAGAGCAGCUUUCCCGAGUGGAAUAAAUGGAACCAGUUGGAGCCCAUACCACACGAUGGCAGUGAUGCGGACAGGUCGGACUCAAACUCUGAAGACAAUGACGAAGUCUUUCUCGAGUUUCGGGCACGGAACUCCUGCUGCGAACUCGGCGCAGUGGCAGAGUCUCAAGGACUGCUCAAGAACGAGCAAAGCGCAAAUGAACCGGCAGUGCCGUUGAUCGACGCGGACAGUGUACCGUCCUUAGAACAGUCCUGAAAGUGUUUUCAGCCUUUAUCCGUGAACACGUUUGUUUUGUCGUCCUCGGGUUAAUUUCUGCUUCCUGAACUUGAGGGUGUUCACGGUCGCUCUUCCUUGAUGUUGUUUUGUAAUGAUCAGAGGACCAGCGGCUUCAGAUGGUUUUCGAUGUUUCCUGCAGACGGCAGCUAAAUCUCUUAGGUCACUGUAUUCGUUGUAUUUCUUCUACCCAGACUAUUUAUGUUCAGUGGUGGCUGAUGCAGGCGCUUUUCAAAUAUGUACUGGCGUUUUCGAGUACCGGCAAAGAUGAGUGAGUAGACUUUGGAGCUGCCGUAUCGUUUUACACGAAUUUCGGCAUUGAGCGAUUUAUCUCCAGACUGCAGGUAUCUUUUUCGACGACGAUAGUCAUAUCGCAAAGAGAAACCGUGGUUGAAUGACUCAGUUGAACUGCGGCGAUCCAUAGCUCGCAAAAAAAGGAGCACACUGGUCGCCUAGCUACUUUGUAUUUCAGGCGCGUGUUUCUUUCUUUUCUUUUUUUUUUUAAGCACAUUACUAUCGCACCAUUCCAUAGGGAGCAAACUGCUCGUCGAGGCCAAGAACUGCGUGCGUAUUUCGUGAUCGUAUUUUGUACGAUUUUGAACAAGAGGUAUAAAAGGGAGGAAUUGAAUUCCCGUUAGUAGUAUGACUUAAGCCACUGCCGUCAAACGUGUACCUGGAGCACAGGGACGCAUUUCAUACAAUAACUGAUCUUCUCAAUCUGGCUGUUGACCUUUUAAAGUAGCUAGGCACUGACACACUCAGCAGAUACCUCACUGCCGUAGUCGAUUGAACUCUCCGAAUCGCAAGUGCUAAUGUCGUCGGUACCUUGUAUAAAAAUACAGGAACGAUUGCGUCGUAUGGAACAUUACUAAUCACCGCAAGAGCGCAUGGCGUACAGAAAACAUCUGUUCUUUCUGUGAAUCUCCAACCGUUCAUUAACGAAGCCACUAUGUUCUUGCUUUGGCAACUAGUGCCACUGCACAUCAUCCGCCAGCUUCCAUUUAAUGGUCCCUUUUAUAAGAAAACCUUCACAAUAGGACUAUAUGGAACAUGGAAUAUACGAAGAUGUUUAGACAAGUCGUAUUGUUUUCUUUGAGAACAAGCUCUUUACUCAAAGCUUUAAUUCGUUAAAUUUGUAGUAGGGACAAAUUCAUGCUAGCGUAAAAUUCGUACUGGUAGCCUUUUGGAGAUAUUUUAAGUACGAUUGAUUGAAGCUGAUAUUUGACGAGACAAAGCGUCAGGCGGUCCCACAGUUCUGAAAACUGUACAGUACACAUCACUCUUGUGUGAGUGAACAGUGAAUGCGUAUUGUUCCUUCGUUCUCAGGUUGCUUGUGAUGUCUUUGACAGGUUAUAUUCUCCAGAGGAUAUCGCAAUCUUCCACGGAUGUCUUCUGGAUAUCCGGGGGAGAUAUGUUCUCUACCGGCUAUUAUAAACCUCGAUUUUAAGCACUAGGUCCGUCCGCCAAAACGGUUCUGGUCAGCCUCUGCGCAUUACACAAACGGUCAGAGAACUUACACGUCUUUUGUUGUGUCUUUUUUUUUUUUUUAACUUCCGUCGGACAAUGAAUCUUCAGCGUGUCAUGGACUGUGAUAUAAUGCAUACUAUUACCAUUCUACAUCGUUGUAAGAUAAAAACACCACAUAUAUUCUGUGCCAUUUUGAUGUGCUUGGAUGUUUACGCGUACGUAUACCCCGAUCGUAACUUAUACAGUAAACUUUUUUUUCCUAUCAGUGA